AUGAACCCCUCACAAUGGUUUGUUCAAAGCUUAUCGGAUGUCAAGCGGCGAGUUCACGAGUCUUUACAGUAUAGGAUGACGAUGCUCAAGGGAAGUGCCGUCUUCACGGCCAUUGUGUCUCUCGGGGCCAUCGCGGUCCCUGCCUCUGCGACUGUUCCAACCAUUACUCCAGAGUACCUCGCGACGGCGGGAAACAACUCCCUUUUCACCAGAUGGAGGCCGCGCUCGCAUUACCUGGCGCCUCACAGCUGGAUUAACGAUCCUUGCGGUGCUCUGUAUGAUCCGGCCACGGAGACGUACCACCUCCAUUAUCAGUGGCAUCCCAACCACGUCAACUGGGGAAACAUCUCCUGGGGCCACGCCGUCUCCAAGGACUUGUUCCACUGGACUGAUGUGCGCGACUGGGCCAACGACUCCUCUGUCUCCCUUGCCGCUGGCGCAUACGCUGCCGGUCCUCUCUCCCAAUUCACCGGUACCACCCAGCCGGUCAAUCUGGAGGGCCAGAAUGACGGCACCUUGCUGACCUUCGCUACUGGCAUUCACCACUUGCCCACGAACUGGAAGCAACCGUACAUCACCGGCACCGAGGUUCAGGCCUUGUACACCUCCGACGAUGGCGGCUCCACCUGGAAGGAAAUCGGCACCGUCAUUUCUGGUCCUCCCGAGGGCUGGAACGUCACUGGAUGGAGAGACCCCAGCUUCUUCCCCUCCACCGAGCUUGACAGCCUCCUCGAGGUCAGCGAGCCCCACUACUACAUGGUCGUCGGUUCCGGACUCAAGACCGGCGAUGUCCCCGUUCAGCUGCCCGGUGCCGCACGCCCCGGCUUCAUCGGCCCUCGUAUCCCGCUUUACUCCGCACCCGCCUCCAACCUUACCCAGUGGACAUUCCUCGGAGCCCUCUGGGAGCCCGCUGCCAACGAGUCCCUGGGCGCGCCUGACAUUACCGGCUCUUACGGCUACAACUUCGAGGUCAGCAGUCUGUUUGACCUGUCCAUCGAAGGUUCGGAUGAGAAGGCAUGGUUCGUCUCUAUGGGUGCCGAGGGUGGUAACACCACCCAGCACUGGCGUGAACAGUGGGCUCUGUGGAACCGCGGAGACAUCGCCCGUCGCGACAACGGCUCCGUCGAGUUCACUCCUACCUCCGGUGGUGCCCUUGAUUGGGGUAUUUCUUACGCCCAGGCGACCUGGAAAGACACCCGCAACGACGGCCGCCGUGUCAUGUGGGGAUGGGCCAACGAAGAUAUCGUCUCAGACUACGCCUUGAACACAUCUACGAAGUUUGGCUACCAGGGCUCCAUGAACUUGCCCAUGGAGCUCUUCAUCAAGGAGACCAAGGAUGUCGCCAAGUGCGGCGAGCAGAAGGACGGCAGCCACUGCAUCAAGAGCUGCAACGGCUACACCGUCCAGACCCUCGGUAUUCGCCCUCUGCCUGACGUCAUCGAGCUCCUUCACGAGGGUGCUCAGGAGCAGGAAUUUGAAGUUGGCGAGCUCACUGAUGCUGCCAAGACCGUCUCUCCCGACGUCGGCACCUCUUACGAACUCACCGCGACCCUGAGCAGCUUCAGCGGACCUGCCGGCAUCAUCGUCGGCCAGAGCCCCGACAACGCCGAGUACACCACCAUCCUCUUCGACCCCGAGUCCUCUGAGAUCAGCGUCAUUCGCGACCACAGCAGUCUGCUCCCCAACUUCAACAACGCCACUUUCGUCGGCCACUUUGAGCCCUACGAGCUCAUCAAGAAGAACAGCAACACGACCUCGACCGAGGAGCUCAACUUCCAUGUCGUGCUCGACAACUCUCUCCUCGAGAUCUGGGUCAACGAGCGCUUUGCGCUGACGGCUCGCAUCUACCCCUCGCGCAACGACAGCACCGCCCUUAGCUUCUUUGCUGGAAACGCCACGGAGCCUACCGGCGCCAAGGCCACCUGGAAGGAUGUCAAGGUUUGGUCCGGCCUGGCGGAGGCCUGGCCCGAGAGGCCCGAGGACACCAGCGUCCCCCUGGUUUGGGAUACCCCCGAGCAGACCAACAACUACACUUGGUGGGCGGGAUACUAG